AUGCAUAAAUAUGAUACUCAUCAACAUCUUGGUCUUUAUCCAUCUACUUCACCAAUGUGCAUUCAACAUUCUCAUGAAACUUAUACUUCACACCUGAUUCAAAAAGUUGAAAUGCCAACAAAAUUUAUUUUUGAAUUUGAAAUUCGAACAUCAAGUCUUGUUGGUCAUAAUAAUGAUUAUUUACUUCGUGCUCUUCAACAUUCCUUAACUGAUAUUCCUCUUACAUGGCAUAUUCAAACACAGCAAGAAUAA